AUGUUUUUUAAAAUAUGCCUUUUUGUUAUUUUAUCGUUAUUUGCAGAGAAUGUUUUUAUCAAUUGUCAAAGGCUGAAAAUUCCUAAGCAUUUGAGUUUAAAACAGCUGUUAACUCGACAAGAGGCAAAAAGAUCAAAAGAUUUUAUUGAAUCCGGAUUGGGAAAAAACCGGCAAAUGAGAGUAGUCGGUGGAUUCGCCGACGAGUACAACAUUCACAAAUACUCGGUUUCCAUUCAAAGAAGGAGAGAUGCCACAAGUGUUUUCAAACAUCGCUGCAGCGGUACAAUAAUCGGUGAUUAUCACAUCCUGACCGCGGCUCAUUGCUUUGUUUCGCGCGAAAGUCAGCUCCGCCGAAUCUCCGACAUGCGCGUUUUUGUUGGCUCUAAUCGAUUGGAUACUCCUGGUCGUUAUGUGUCUAUUCGGUACAUUAUUAUUAAAAAGAGGUUCAGUUACGAUCCCUGGAAUAAUGAUAUAGCAGUCAUUACGUUGGAGGAAUCGCUGAGCGUCGACAACGAUUUGUUUCUCGAGAAAAUGGCACUGCCUGAACCAACUGAACUUUUGCUAGAAAACGAGACAGGUUACGUCGCGGGUUUUGGAGUUUACAAAUAUCAGCAGCAUCAAGAUGAGGCUACAGGAAUGGUUAUCGAGCGUCCGGUUUUCCCGAUUAUCAGGCAUGUAAUUAACGUCAAGGUUGUUGACUGCAAAAAACGGAAUCCAAAAUUUAUAUGCGUUGGAUCAAUGGAUGAAAACAUGAACACGAGACAACAUAUAGCAGAUGGUGAUAGCGGCGGGCCUCUCGUUGUGGGCAAUGCCGUCGUCGGAGUAGUCGGCGUGUCCGAUAAAAAAGCCAAACUUUCAGUCAGACCUGCAUUUAUGACGCGAGUUUCUUACUUUUUGAAUUUCAUUAAAGAGGCAAUGAGUACUCGUUACUCACAUUACGUCGGUAUUCGAUUUUUAUAAAAAUUAUUAGUUCAAAUUUUAUGAGCCAAGAUAAAUAACAAAAGAAAUGAAUCUUAUUGAGUUGGUUGAAAGAGAACUAUUUUACGACUGAAAUGUUUUUUCAAGUGGCAUACAUUGUUUUAAUUAUUAAAUAACAAUAUAACGAAAGAAAAUACACCAAGAAUUACAAAACCUAAGGACGAUUUAUUCUAUUUCUUUGAUUUUAGAAAAAUGUACAUUUGGAACGAAUUACAUGUAAUCUUUUAGGGCAUUACAAGACAAUUAUCAAUUUA